CAGCCAGGCCAGGGGACAAGUCAACCGCUCAUGCGCUGGCCUCGGGAAUUGGAAACCAUUUUUAAUGCAAUCACCGUUCCAAUCUUAUUUAUGAACUUGCGAGUCCGCCAAGCUGAUUCCAAUUGAGGCUUGGAAGUCUCGUGACUUGAGGUGAAGGAUGGUGGAAGGAAGGGGAAACGCUCGGCUCCCUUCCACCUUCAUCGACCUCUCCGGCGAACUCGUCUGAUCCGGUCCGUCGCCUGUUGCCCUCCGGGGCUGGUUCCAUGAACGCUCGGUUGACAUCCGACGGCUCCAUCUUGGGUGGCACCGCCAUUUCACUGCAGCAGAGCUCCAUUUACUCGACGUUGAAGCAGCGCAGAAGCCGGGUCCCCUGAUGGAGAGGUCGAAGAGCGAAGCGCCGACGAGGAGCCGCUUCGCUACGCCAGACGAGGCCGGAGACCACAUCGAGUGCACCGGUGCGUCGUGCCGGUCGUGCACCGCGGUCCUCGUCGCCGACUGCAUCGCGCUGGGCUGCUGCCCCUGCGCGGUGGUGAACAUGCUGGCCUUGACCUUGGUUAAGGUCCCCUGGGUGGUGUCGAGGAGAUGUUUGGCAAUGCUGAAGAGGAAGGGGGGGUCGCUACGCAGAAGAAGGGUAAGAGACGAGGGAGGAGAAGCGGAGAAGAUGACAGAGGUGGUCAUUAAGGGAAGGGAAGGGAACAGCCUGGAGAAGAUACGAGAGUGGGACGAGGAGGGCAUCUGGGGAACGAGGGACGGAGAGAACGGCCGUGGAGGUCCAAGACUCGAUGCUGAUAAGGUGUGGAUGGAACUGUAUCAGAUCGGGCACUGGGGGUUCGGGAGGUUGUCCUUCUCGGGAACUCAAGGGAGGGGCAACUAGGGAAGGCGCAGGGUGCGAGUGCCCGAAAUGCCCCUGCCACCUCUGGUGAGUGAUGAUGGGUUUUGGAAGCUACUGCUACGGCAAGGCAUGAGAGAUGCACUGUGCCGCGUGGGGUUGUCUCUGCUUGUUUGCGCAAGGUUACAAGUCUGCGAGAGAGAUGGAAAUGUCCUGUUGGUUUCCCUUCUCUAUCAUCAGUUGCAUUGCUGAGAUUCCUUUCUCUCAGGUGCAUUGAUUGAGAAAAGCUGUACUGAUUCUUGUGACUUGUGUGAGGUGUUACAUAAUCGUAUUGUUGCAGCCCAAAUUUGAUGCAGCCAAUAAUGGUAUUAUCAUGUCUAAGUCUUUAAUGUUUGACAACAUGGAAGCUGUUUAAACAUCUCUGGUCGCAGACUUGCAGAAGUUGCCAAGAUGGGAUUUGUCUGUCAUGUCAUGUGAUUUUUACCGGUCCAAAAUGUUCAUCUGUUUCUUG